AGAGAAAGAGGCUUGUACUUUGGCACCCAAACUGGAGCCAGCCACAAAGCUGCCACCAAGUCAGCUAGCCCCUCUAGGAUGAAGCCAGAAGAAGAGGUGGGGCGCCCCCCCUUAGUUCCCAUUAAGGGGGUUCCCAUGAUCAAAUAUUUUUCUGAGGUCUGGAGUGAGGUGGAAGGCUUCGAAGCACAUCCGGAUGACUUGCUCAUCUCUACUUAUCCCAAGUCUGGAACUACCUGGAUCAGUGAGGUUAUAGACUUGAUCUUUACAGAGGGUGACACAGAGAAAUGCAAACGAAAUCCCAUCUACACACGAGUCCCUUUCUUGGAGUUUAAAGCUCCAGGAGUUCCCUCAGGCAUUGAACUACUGAAUAAAUUAUCACCCCCACGUAUGAUUAAAACCCACCUUCCUGUCCAAUUGCUCCCCGAAUCCUUCUGGAACAAGGAUUGCAAGAUGAUCUAUGUGGCCAGAAAUGCCAAAGAUGUGGCCGUCUCAUAUUUUUACUUCUACCAAAUGGCAAAAGUACACCCUGAUCCUGGAACCUGGAAUGAAUUCCUGGAGUCAUAUAUGACCGGAAAUGUUUCUUUUGGAUCCUGGUACGACCAUGUCAAAGGCUGGUGGGAUAAGAGCAAGGAACAAAGGAUGCUUUACCUCUUCUACGAAGACCUGAAAGAGGAUCCAAAGAGGGAAAUCCGGAAAGUCAUGGAAUUCUUGGAGAGGCCCCCUGAUGCCCAGUUGGUAGAGAAGAUUGCAUACCACACCUCCUUCAAACAGAUGCAGCAGAAUGAGAUGGCCAAUUACAAAACCAUUCCCACCUCCGUCAUGGACCACAGUAUCUCCCCUUUCAUGAGGAAGGGAAUCACUGGUGACUGGAAGAACCUUUUCACAGUGGCUCAAAAUGAACUUUUUGAUGCUGAUUACAAGAAGCAAAUGGAAGGAACAACCCUCCACUUCCGGACAGAGAUCUGAAUGCUCCAGCUUCAUCUGAGCUGUUCUCAAACACCAUCCUAUUAAAAGCAAGAUAGUGGUACUUUUAGCUUCUGUAAAUCUACCUACCCAGGUUCUCGUCUGAUAAUUAAAUUUGCAGGUAAGAUGUCAGAAAAGAAGUGAAAAAAAGGAGUCUAUGGUUUCCUGGAUUCUCUCUUACAUUCAACUGCCUUUGAACACUCACAAUUUCUAUCACAAAGACAGACAAGACAUUGCUUGAGUGCCAAGUUUUUUGUGGAUCUGCAUUCACAUUCACUCACUGCAUUUUGGACAGACUGCCAUACAUCCAUUCCUCCCUUUCCAAACCCAGAAGUUACUUGUUCUUCCUAUUUUUAGGAAGAGCUGGCUAUGUGAAGUGUUGGUUGGCUAUCCUUAGUGGCAAUCAUGGAGCCACUGCCACAUUGUACAGAGUUUUGAUUGGCCGGCCGAAAACAAUCACAAACCCCUCUCCUUUUGCAGAACACUACUUACAGGGUUUUUUUUUUAAUGCAAAACAGAGAGAGAGAGACCAUCACCAGUGUCAGAUCCCCCACUUACAAUCACUCUACACCUUCCUUCUUUUACAAGUUCUCCACAGAGCCAACCCGUGCUCUGUGCAGACACACAUCACCUCUGGGACUGACUUCUAUAAAAAAAAAACAGCAUGCAGAUAGACUCAGAAAGCUCCCGCCAGGGGAGGGAAAGCUGCCUUUCUCCCAAGCUUUUCUCCCUGUGCAAAAACAGUGCGGAGUUUUAAUUCAUUUAUUUGAUUUAUAUUCGAUUUAUAGCCUGCCCGCCCUGCAAGCAGGCUUAGGGCAGGUUACAACAUUAAACAAAAACACUCAAGGCAGUUAAUAAAUAUAAGCAUAAACAUCCUAUAAAAUACAACUCUUAAUUAACCAGUGCCGCAGAUGCAUACAAUACCUCCAUGUGGAGCAGCAGAAAUGGGGAAAUGUCUCCCCUCUACAUUGUGCCUUCACAAUCCCUCUAACUUCUCCCCCAAACAGAAAAAAUACUGAACAGGGAGACAAUUUCUCCAUUAUUGGGCAUAAUUUAAUGCUGUUGUGAACCACCAUGUAACUUUUGAGGCUCCUUUCUGCCGAGUGGGGAGGAGACCAAAAGGAUAGGGCCUCCAUUAGUGGACAUCUAUUCUUCUUUGGAGGCAGAGCCAUAAGUUGGUCCAGCAAGAAGCAAGGCAAGGUUGCAAUUUCUACCAUGGACAUAACGUAUCAGCAUCACUGAGUUCUCAAGAAGCAGAAAGACUACUUCAGCUAUUCACAGAUCUAGGCAUAAAUAUUCUAAAGCCUGUAACAAUCUAUGAAGACAAUCAAGCCUCCAGUUUUCACAGCAAGAGAAUGUGAAUCAACAUGACAAGCAUAUUGACAUAAAGUAGCACAGGGUGAAGAAAAUACAGAAGAAAAUGUAGUCAAGCUGACCUAUUGCCCUACUGAGCAGACGGCUGCUUCGCUUCAAGGAUCUACGACCCGACCAAAUGCCAGCAAGGGGGAUUGUAAGAAAUGGAAGGAUUUGUACCUUGUCCCUGUUCCUAAUCUCAAGUUACAGAGGGGGCUUACAAUAGAGAGAGAGAGAGGAAGACACACUAUACUGCUCUAGCUGAUGCUAUCCCUCAUGUGCACACACACUCUCUCUCCAUCUUGCCACCGCAGAGGACACAGGGCUUGCUCCCUGUAUCCACCACCAUAGUUUAGAUAGAUUUGAUUAGUUAGAUUCUGUCUUUCCUCUUUCCUAUCUUGAGUGGAGUUUCUAAAAGGACUCUUACUUUCUUUACUGAAGCAAGUGUGAGUUUAUUGCCUUAUCAGCACGCACUCACAACCACUUAGCUGUACUCUCUGAAUUGCUCCACUUAUUUGCCCUACAUUGCUCACAGGUUUGUGUGUCAAAAGUGAAGUGAUAGAAAAGCAGAGCUUGCUCUGCAGGAGAGAAACCUGCACCCGCUACCAGAGUGAGGCAGUCUGUCCUCAGCUCCAGUUUUCUCCCUCCCUGAUGACUUUCUCUUCCCUGUUAGAGGGAAAAAUCCGUGCCUUCUCUAUUUCCUCCAACAUUUAGGAUUUUUAAAAAUUGUAUCUCUGGAUUCAUUUAGUUUAGUGGAAGAUUCCUGUCUAGCACCAAUUUAAAGUGCCUUCACAAUCCCUCUAACUUUUCCCCCAAACAGAAAAAAUCUUGAACAGGAAGACAAUUUCCCCGUUAUUGGGCAUAAUUUAAUGCUGUUGUGAACCACCCUGUAACUUUUGAGGCUACUCUCUUCUUAUCAACCACAUCAGGAAAACAUAUAGCAAUGAAAAUUAAAAAACAAUAUUUUUGAUACCUUGCCGAGACUAAUAGUCCUGCUGUUUAUUCACUUCUGAUUCCCUUCCCUUGUAAGCAGAAAAGGAAAGAGUCCAAGAACAUCUGGUAAUUGUUAUAUUUCCAAAAGCAAUAUAUUUUUGAAUACUGUUUACCCUUUUAGGCGUUGGGGAGAUUUUUAAAACCAGAACUUCUCACUUCUUUGUCUUUUAAUAGAAUUUUAAUAACUUUUGUAUGUAGACAUAUAUAUAUAUAUAUAUAUAUAUAUAUAUAUAUAUAUAUAUAUUCACUUGAAAACACUAAGCAUUUAUAUAAAUGGCAUAGAUACUCAGAUUUACACGGUUUACAUCUCUCUUUCCAAUCAUGAAAUAAAACAAAGCCUUUUCUUGA